UAGGCUUUUCAUUUCGGCAAAAUAGCCCUAAGAUACUCCAUUCAUUCUCCCUAGUCCUUGCGUCUGGCGCGACUUCAGGCUUACAAUUCCUAUCGAUAGAACCAGAGAUCUCUUCUGAAAUCAAUUUUCUUCGCCCCUACCGGAUUUGAUGGCUCCGAAACCUGUUACGAGUCCCGUCCCCGAAGCCUGGUACCCGACUCUUGCGGUCCUGAUGAUCGCUGUUGGACUUGUAAUUACCGCUUCGUUUUUCAUCUAUGAAGCUACAUCUUCUAGGAAAAACCGUUGUCUUGCCAAGGAACUCACUACAGGAUCAUUUGCCUCCGUUUUCUUGGGAUUUGGAUCCUUGUUCUUGUUGCUUGCUUCUGGUAUUUAUGUCUGACCUAUUGGAAGCACAUGUUGAGAAUUAUAUUUAUCUAGCGGAGUCAGUUUUACAUGUAUGAUCAUGAUGCUGGGCCAGGACUAUUUCUAUGAACAGUGGUCUCUUUUUUCCUUUUAUGGAGCGUUAUACUCAUAAACCUGCAUUGUGGUUGAAGGGAUUUUGCAGAGUUGAGAAUGGUAGUGCUGAAGAAAUCAGCUUUUUGCUCGAAAUUGAAUCAUGGCUC